AUGGCAAUGCUCGCAAAGUCAAAAAAUAUAGUAUCUUUGGUCCGAGAAUUAAAACCCCGUAAAGAUACGUCCCGUAUUGAAGUUAGGAUUAUUCGGUUGUGGAAGAACUACAACAAAGAAUCAGGAAACACUAUUGAAAUGAUUUUUGCUGAUAGAGAAGGGACAAGAAUUCAUGCUUCAGUUGGUGAACAACUCAUUAAAAAAUAUGGUGAAAGGCUACAUGAGGGAGAUGCAAUUGUCGUCCAGUUGUUCAAGGUCUUCGAUGCAAUUGGUGAAUAUCGUACAACUCCACAUCCGUACAAAAUUGGUUUCUAUCCAACCACUUUUGUUGGAAAAGCUUUAGAUUUUCCAAGUGAAGUUCCUGAAAAGAAUUUUGCGGAUUUUACCGACAUUCUGGAAGGAAAGAUUGAUAGCCACUGCUUAGUUGAUAUUAUUGGACAAAUAGUCAACUUUGGGUCGCUGGAAAACAAAAGCAUUAAAAGCAAAGAUAACAUGAGGCUUUUGAUCGAGCUACGUGACCAUAGGUUCUGUUCCAUUAAAGAGUGGAAAGGGGUUUACUCCAUAUCUAGCGGGUUUAAUUCCACCCACAUUUUGCUAAACCCAACGUGUUCAUUGGUUGAUGAGUUUAAAUUGUGUCUUCCUGAUGAUUCACUUGCUAUUACAAACAAGGAUAGUAGCCAAUGGAGUGUUGCUAGUGCUACAUCUGUUUGUGCCCGGUUUUUUGUUCUUAAUGAGAGGCUAACAAUAAGAGAUAUCGUUGACAAUACUCUGGUUGGGACUUUUGUCACCUUGGGGACUAUUGAAAACAUAGAUACUGAGCGUGGUUGGCAAUAUCUAAGUUGCAAAUACCACAACAAAAAAGUUAUGCCUACAACCAAUGUUGAUGAUGAGAACCGUCCCUUCUUCUAUUGCAAUACAUGUGAUAAAGAACACAUUGAUGUCAUUCCGAGGUUUAAAUUAAUUGUCCACGUUAAAGACGAUACCGGUGAGGCAAACUUUCUUUUGUUUGAUGGCAAUGCUCAAGUGCUUGUGCGUCGUUCUACCGCUGAACUCUAUGAUGAGAAUCUAGAUGAAGACUUGUUACCAGAAGCUGUUAGCGACCUUUUUGGCAAGAGAAUCCUUGUUGAGGUUUCAGUUGAUGCUGAUAACAUCAAAGGAAAGAGCUCUCAGUAUGUUGUUCGAAUUGCUACUGCUGACCGUGAACUGAUUGAGGAAUUUGCUGCUUUGCCAGUUAAACAGGUCCUAAUGCUGCAGUCUUCAGAUGAUAUUUCUUCUGGUUCAGGUGGUUUAUCAGGAACUCCAUUGUCUAAAAGAAAAAGCCAAGAUGAACAACAGAGUAGCAUAGAGGAUCAACAUUCCGUGAACAAGAAACUUUUUCUAAAGAAAGUCAAGGGAGAGUAA